CAGUUCCGGGUCCUGUCAGUAGGGGCGGCCGCGGUCUCGGCAGCGGCGAAAGCCGCGAAGCUGCGCGGCCAGGGUUUCCAGCCGGGUCUCUUUCCCGGCCGGGCCCCAGCAUGGCUGCCCCCAGGGCUGCGGGUCGGGACGGUGCCGCGUUGUCGCGUUCCUGACGGCCCCUGGCGUCUGUGCUCUCCUUCUCUUCCCCAGGCCACUCCAGCAGACAUGUUUGCCAAGGCCUUUCGGGUCAAGUCCAACACGGCCAUCAAGGGGUCGGACAGGAGAAAGCUUCGGGCUGAUGUGAUGGCUGCUUUCCCCACUCUAGGAACAGAUCAGGUCUCUGUGUUGGUACCUGGAAAGGAGGAGCUCAACAUUGUGAAACUGUAUGCUCACAGAGGGGAUGCAGUGACCGUGUACGUGAGCGGUGGUAACCCCAUCCUGUUCGAAGUGGAGAAAAAUCUGUAUCCGACAGUGUAUGCCUUGUGGUCCUAUCCUGACCUUCUCCCAGCUUUCACGACGUGGCCUCCGGUGCUUGAAAAACUGGUGGGGGGAGCAGAUUUGAUGCUGCCAGGACUCGUGGUGCCCCCUGCUGGUCUGCCUCAGGUACAGAAGGGUGACCUCUGUGCCAUUGCCUUGCUGGGGAACAGAGCCCCCGUUGCCGUCGGAGUUGCUGCCAUGUCCACAGCCGAGAUGCUCACUUCAGGCUUGAAGGGAAGGGGCUUCUCUGUGCUCCACACCUACCAGGACCACUUAUGGCGAUCUGGAGACAAGUCUUCUCCACCUUCCCUUGCUCCACUGGCCCUGGAUCCCCCAGAUCUCAGUGAAGAGAAGGAGUCUGUCCAGGCAGACCCCGCCCUGCAGGGAGACCUGAGGCGCCUGACCCUGGAGGGAGAGGAGGAGAAUGGGGAGGUUCAGCGGAUGUGUGGGGAGAAGUCCCUAUCAGAAGCCUCGGAAGACCCCAGUGUCAGGGGCCUGAACCCAGACCCCACAGACAGCAAGACCCUUCAAGAACAAAUGGAUGAACUGGUACAGCGAUGCUUCUUGCAUGCUUUAAAAUGCCAAGUCAGAAAAGCUGACCUCCCCUUACUCACCAGCACGUUCCUUGGCAGCCACAUGUUGUCCUGCUGCCCUGAAGGACGACAGCUGGACAUCAAGAAGUCCAGCUACAAAAAGCUCUCUAAGUUCCUGCAGCACAUGCAGCGGGAGCAGAUUAUACAGGUGAAGGAGCUGAGCAAAGGGGUGGAGAGCAUUGUGGCUGUGGACUGGAAGCACCCGAGGAUCACAUCUUUCGUCAUAGCCGAGCCCUCCCCGACCUCCCAGACUAUCCAGGAGGGUAGCAGGGAACAGCCCUAUCACCCUCCAGAUAUAAAAUCCCUCUACUGUGUCCCAGCCAGCAUGACUCUGCUCUUCCAGGAGUCUGGCCACAAGAAGGGGAGCAUUCUCGAGGGCGGUGAGGUCCGGAUGAUCAUCAUCAACUAUGUCAAGAGAAAUGACCUCGUUGAUGCAGACAACAAAAAUCUCGUGAAAUUGGAUCCCAUCCUAUGUGACUGCAUCUUAGAGAAAAACGAACAGCACACAGUCAUGAAGCUUCCAUGGGACAGUCUCCUGACCAGAUCAAAACUAAAAAUUAUGUACAUCAGGAGUUUGCAAACUACAGCCCAUGAGCCAGAUCUGACCCGCUACCUGUAUUUUUUGGAAUACAGCCACACCCAUUUGUUUAUAUGUUUGGAAAAAUUGCAGCCUGUGUAUCAAGUGACUUUUCCAGGACAAGAGCCCAUUGUGAAGAAAGGCAGAAUCUGCCCAAUUGACAUCACCCUAGCACAGAGAGCAUCUAAUAAAAAGGUGACUGUGGUCCGGAACUUGGAGGCCUAUGGCCUGGACCCGUGUUCAGUGGCCGCCAUCCUCCAGCAGCGAUGCCAGGCUAGUGCAACCGUCACGCCUGCCCCUGGGGCCAAGGACAGCCUGCAGGUCCAGAUCCAGGGAAACCAGGUCCAUCACCUCAGCCGCCUGUUGCUUGAAGAGUAUCAGCUUCCUCGGAAACACAUCCAAGGCCUCGAAAAGGCCCCCAAACCUGGCAAGAAGAAGUAACAGACUCUUGUUUCAUGCGGGCGAUCCAGUGGAAAUCAAGCUCUGGGCUGGUAAUUUAUAUGAGCAUUUUCAGCUUUUACAAAUGAAACAAUAUAAUUCUUUACCAAAAUAAAUUUUUAUUCUAAUCUAAA